AAUAAUUAAAUAAAUGAAAAAACAGGAUUUGAUGGUAGAUGUAUGAUCUGAACAACGACGAUAUAUUGUUUAUAUGAUAUUGUUUUUUGUAUACAUAUCCAAAUUGUUUUUGCUCCGAAAUUCAAAUAUUAAACAAAAAAUCCCCUGAUUUAGUUUAGUGGAAAUAGAAAACAGAGUGAGAGAGAGUAUCCGUUCCAAAAUGUAAAGUAAAUUAAUUAUUAUAAAAUCUAAUUUAAACAUGAAAGCAAUGUUUUAAUACUCUUUUGAAAAUAAUCAAAAUAUUAUACAUACAGUACAUUUGACAGCUUAAUAUUAAUUCAAAUUAAAAGCUCAACUAAAUUUAAAUAAACAAUAUGUAUUGUUUUCCAAGACUUAAUGAAAAACAACAUACUAUGUGUAUAAUUUAUGAACUCGCCAAAAAUAUAUAUUUUUUUUAGUUCGAAUAAAACCAUUGCUUAGAACGCAACUAAAUAAAAUGUCAACAUUUAGUAAAUUUUUCCACGAAAAUAUACGUCCACGAACUUGCCAAGAUUUAAUACAUCCAACAACAUGUAGACAGCAUUUAAAAAAGGAUAUAUUGUUAUAUUUUUUAUCAAAUUUUAAAUAUUUUGCACCAGUAUGUUUAUUACCAGCUCUCAUUAAAAUACGCGGCAUAAACAAAGAAAAGCUAAAAAAAACUUUGGAGUAUUAUUUGAGUUGCUCAGUUGUGGGUUUCUGCAUGGGAUAUACAACCAAUUUUCUAAUCUGUUUGCUAAGAUAUAUCUGUGGUCAGUUUGGCUACUACAGCUUUUUGUUUAUGCCCUCAUUUCUGGCGGCUAAUAUACUAUAUUUGGGACCAGAUCGUGUGAUUAAUUUAUACGAAACUACUAUAUUUCAAUGUACAUUUGAAACAUUUUUCCUUAUGCGUAAAAAUCUUAUUAGUCGCACGAUUGCCAAUUCUAGAAUUAUACAAACCGGUUUAUUUAUGACAUGUAGUGCUAUUAUUUUGCAUGCUAAGCAAAUGUUUAAUGCCAAAGGAUUUUGGUUGUUAACUCCCAAUCCCAAAAUAAAAACCAUGGAAAAUAUUGAAAAAUAUUCCAAAUGUGAGUUACAUCCACAAAUUAGCUGUAAACAAUAUCUAUUUGAUGGCAUGCGAAAAUAUUUCAUUUUGGGUCUGUCAUUGGAUAUAAUUAAAAUGCUAAUGAGUGAAGUAAAGCCAAUGACAAAUCAAUCGAAAUUUAUGGGGAAAUUAAAAAACUUUCGCAUACGCUCAAUGGCUUUAUUUGCAGCUUAUAUUGGAAUUUAUAGAUUUGCUAACUGUUGGUUUAAUAGUAAACAUUAUUGGUCUAAUAUUAAAAAUCAUAUAUUAUCUGCAUUUCUUGCUGGAUCCUGUUAUUAUUUAUAUCCCCAAUCUACACUUUUUUCAUUUGCAUUGGUUCAAGCUAUACGCUCGCUUUGGACAAUUUUUGAAAUGUCAAAUAUUGAUAGUAAAAAUGUAAUGUUGAAGCAACUACUAGCGAUACCUUAUGCCCGUAUUUUAUAUCCUUUUGCUUUGGGUAAUAUGGUACAUUUAUUGGUAAUGCAACCAAAAUAUAUCAGUCAUUUAGCGGCUACUGUAGCUAAUGGUCUAACUAAUAAUUUCCCUAAACACAUACAAAAUGAAGUAAUUUUAUUACAAAGAAAACUUAAAUUUGAAAGAAAGCACUAAAGUAUAAUGUAAAGAAAUUGUUAAAUGAGAAUAAAAAUGAAAUAAGUUUGUUUUUGAUAAUAACAAUUGGAAAACU